AUGGACAAGUCCAAGAAUUUCCGCAUCGACGCGCUGCUGGCCGUGGACCCGCCGCGGGCCCUGGUGGCGUCGGGGCCGGGCGCGGCGGAGGCCGGCGGCGGCAGCCCGCGCGCGUCCGAGCCGCCCCCCGCGGCCGAGCGCCCGCGCCCCGGGAGCCCCUCGCCGCCGCGCCCGCCGCCGCCGCCCUGCGCGCUGCUGCCCAAGCCCGGCUUCCUGGGCGCGGGGGGCGGCGGCGGCGGGGCCGGGGCCGGGGGACCGCCGCCCCACGCGCACCCCGCGGCCUCCGCCGCCGCCGCCGCCGCCGCCGCCGCGGGCCUGGCGCUCGGGCUGCACCCGGGGGGCGCGCAGGGCCCCGCGGCGCUCUACGGGCACCCGGUGUACGGCUACUCGGCGGCCGCGGCGCUGGCCGGCCAGCACCCCGCGCUGUCCUACCCGUACCCGCAGGUGCCGGGCGCGCACCCCGCCGACGCGCUCAAGCUGGGCGCCGGCACCUUCCAGCUGGACCAGUGGCUGCGCGCCUCCACGGCCGGCAUGAUCCUGCCCAAGAUGCCCGACUUCGGCGCCCAGGCACAAUCGAACUUGCUGGGAAAGUGCCGCAGGCCACGCACAGCUUUCACCAGCCAGCAGCUGCUGGAGCUGGAACACCAGUUCAAGCUCAACAAGUACCUGUCUCGGCCCAAGCGCUUCGAGGUGGCCACGUCGCUGAUGCUCACCGAGACGCAGGUCAAGAUCUGGUUCCAGAACCGGCGCAUGAAGUGGAAGCGCAGCAAAAAGGCCAAAGAGCAGGCGGCUGCCGAGGCAGAGAAGCAGAAGGAAGGCGCAGGCAAGACAGGCUUGGAGGACAAGGCAAACACGGAGCUACUGGGUCCACCAGCGCCCGGGGACAAGGGUAGCGUCCGUCAUCUGCGGGACCUGAGGGACAGUGACCCCGAUGAGGAGGAAGAUGACGAAGAUGAGGAGGAGGCUUUUCCCUACAGCAACGGUGGCACCAGCGCCCGCGCCACCUCCUCCGAUGGCUCCUCCGAUGCAGACUCGCCUCCUCCACCGCUCCAGUAGGACAAGUGGUCCAGCCUUGGACUGGAG